AUGUAUGAAGUGAAGAGCGUCAAGAGCGACAGGGAGUCCGUCCAAGUCGAUCUCCUCGCGGAGAGACCUGAGCAGGGAUCCAGCUUUCUCGCUUAUGCGAACGUCGUCUGCGUCGUUGCAGGCACAGGCACGCUCGGUCUGCCUUACGCCCUCAAGCUGGGCGGCUGGAUCGGCGUCGGCAUCCUCCUGCUCUCGCUCCUCAUGUCGAUCUACACCGCCAUCCUCCUCAUGAAGUGCCUUUACUACAACGGCAAAUACCGCCUCUCGUCCUACCAGGAAGUCGGUCGUCACGCCUUCGGUCGUGCAGGACUCAUCGCCGUCUGGUUCUUCCACACCUCGAUCGUCAUCGGUGCCCCCGUCAUGUACCUGAUCCUCUCCGGUACUGAAAUGAAGGGUCUCGUCGCUAACGACGCCAUCAGCACCAAGGCCUGGAUCUGGAUCUGUGCCGCCAUUGUCGCCAUCCCCUUCGUGGCCAUGAAGACCCUGAAGGAAGUCGCUGUCAUGUCCGUCUUUGGUGCGCUCGCAACCGUUGUUCUCGUCAUCGUCGCUGUCCGCGGCUCGAUUAUCGAUCUCCACAAUCCCGCCUACGCCAGCGUCGUCCAUGAUAACGUCAUUCUCGCACACUUGCCCACGACCGUCGCAUCCAUCUCUAUCUGCUUCGGAGGAAACGUCGUCUACAUGCACGUUGAGGAGGCCAUGCGCUACCCCCGCUCCUGGAACCGUGUCGUCGCCGCAGCCCUCGCCACCUGCUCCAUCCUCUACAUCGCCACCGCCAUCCCCGGUUACCUCACCUACGGUUCCGAGGCCCAGUCCCCUAUUCUCGCGAAUUUGCCCAACGAUACCGCGACCAAGAUCGGAACCGUCGUCAUCAUCAUCCACGUCAUCCUCGCGGCCCCCAUCCUCUUGACCUCCUUCGCCCUCGAGUUUGAGCGUCUCCUCGACAUCACGGUCACCCGUCGCGGCAAGGUCAUGGAGCGCGUCUACCGCACGAUCUCCCGUCUCAUCCUCGUCGGAAUCUGCGGUGGUAUCGCCUGCACGGUCCCUUACUUUGGUGACUUCCUCUCCCUCCUCGGAGCCCUCGGCAACUGCACGUUGAUCUUUGUCUUGCCGAUCCUGUGCUACUUCAAGUUGAUCGGAUGGAGACACCUGAAGUGGUAUGAGCUCCUCUGGUGCGCCAUCAUCGUCAUCAUCGGUGUCAUUUCCGCCAUCAUCGGUUCCAUCGAUGCCAUCAAGGCCCUCAAGACCGACUUCCAGAACGAUAAUUCCAACUAA